AUGCGUUCGCGAGCCCAAAAAGCCAAUUGUUCGUAUGCUUCAAGAAAUCCAGCCAUUCUUCCGAAUAAUCAUCCAUUGGUAGAUGUACUCAUACAACAUCAUCACGACCUUAAUUUUCACAUGGGAACAGCAACAACUAUAUCAGACAUCCGAGAUCGUGCAUGGAUUAUAUUCAUUCGAAAAGCAAUCGAUAGGGUGAGAUCUAAGUGCUUUGAAUGCAAGCGGCUCAAAGCCAAACCUGUCAUGCCACUUAUGGGACAAUUACCAGAAGCUCGUUUGGCGUUUGACUCAAGACCUUUUACUCACGUUGGAGUCGAUUGUUUUGGCCCCUUAUUGGUUAAGUUCGGGCGUGGCACAGUGAAAAGAUACGGUAUGAUUUUUACGUGUCUUACUUACAGAGCUGUGCAAAUUGAGCUUCUUAACGAUCUCAGUUUAGACCAAUGUAUAAUGGCUGUCCGUCGUUUUGUCAUCAACCGAGUGGUAACUCGAUUUUUGUACAGUGACAAUGGUCUUAAUUUCGUUGGGGCUAAGAACAUGAUGGACAAGGAUGUCAAAGAGAUGCAGUAUAAACUAGGCGAAUAUUCUGCGAACUAUGAAAACGUUCUUUGGCGUUUUAUCCCAGCUUAUUCUCCGUGGAUGGGAGGUUCAUGGGAGCGGCUAAUUCAAUCAAUUAAGAAGAGUGUCAAUUAUAUUUUAAAAUCUACAAUACCACGUGAAGAUGUUUUAAGAAAUGCACUUAUGGAAGCCCAAUCCCAGAUAAAUCGACGCCCCUUAACUCAUUUGCCUGUAGACCCUGAAGAUCCGAAACUAUUAACCCCAAAUAUGAUGCUUUUCGGUGAAGAAGAUAAAGAUGUGACCGCCCCUGGUGUUUUCACUGAAAAUGAUGUUUGUAGCAGACUUUAUAGCAGAAGAGCUCACCAUUUGACGUCAUCACUUGUCAAGCGUUGGUACAAAGAAUAUCUACCUGACAUUAUAAGAAGAAAGAAGUGGUACAAAAAUACUAAAGAUGUAGAAGUAGAUGACCUAGUCAUUUUGGUUGAACCAGAUGAAUCUCGAUCACUUUGGAAACUAGGUCGUGUAAUGAAAGUUUACCCAGGUCCAGAUACUAUUGUACGAGUUGUAGAUGUCAAACUAUCGAAUGGUUCAAUUAAAUCAAAGAGAUCCGUAGGAAGGCUUGCUGUUUUGGACUUAAAGUCUUCAACGUAG